AUGGCUCUGCUCGCCUCGUCGCCUGGGUCAUUCAGGUCCCCGUCGGAAAUGUGGACUGACAGUAUACGGACUCUCCUGUCCCUGGCUCACCAACCCGGGAAAGGUCUGCUGCAGUACUCUGCUGCUGAGCUCCUCCGGCUGCGCUUCCACCUGUCUGAGCCUCCGCCGCCUGCACUACACCACCUCCCGGACAUCGUUUACCUGCCACGCUGGAGAUACAUCCACCGUGGGUCCCGUCGAUGGUUCCGGGCGGACUCCUCGGGGGCAAUCCAGUCCAUCUGGUCCGACUUUCGUUGCUCUACGCGUCACACCGGCCGUGUUGUUGACCACAGUGUGUUAGCCAGCCUAGCUCUGUCGGCUAACACCACAGUCACCUGUGACAACACCGCUGUCGGCUUCGGUCUGCUGAACAUCCGUUCACACACAAGCAAGGGGCAGCUCGUCCAGGAUCUCCUCACAGACCGUAAGUUUGACUUUCUUUGCCUAACUGAAACUUGGCAACGGCCGGGCGAUUUCUCCCAGCUCAACAGCUCUACUGCACCGGGGUUUGUUUACACCUGUCAACCUCGCGGCACCGGCCAGGGAGGUGGUCUCGCAAUAUUAUAUCGCGAGAAGUGGAAAGUGUCGCCUGUGUCUGUUCCUGCAUCCACCUCUUUUGAAUGCAUCACAUGUCAUCUGUCUGGACCAACUCCCACCACAAUUGCAGCUGUUUACCGUCCCCCUAAACCAAACAAUAAUUUCUUAAAUGACUUUGCUGCUGUUCUCACCCAUCUAUCCACUCUCUCACCAAACACAAUACUACUGGGAGAUUUCAACAUACACAUGGACAAUACCAGUGACCUUCUCAUCAGAGACUUUACAUCCUGUCUAGAGAGUUUUGGAUUUCAGCAGCAUACCCACGUUCCUACACAUUCUAAAGGACACAUCUUGGACUUAAUCUGUUGCUCUGGUGUCACCCCUCUGGACUGUGCAGCAGAUGAACUGCCCAUCUCUGACCACUUUCUCGUCUCAUUCAAUGUAAAACUCACACUCUCCAUCACUAAGCUUCCCCGUAUCAUCACAUUCCGUAAAAUCAGGGACAUUAACAUUGACUCUCUCUCAUCCAGUAUCGACUCCCUCAUGAACACUGUCCAUCCAUCCAACCCUGAAGAUCUGGUCUCACAUUACAACACAAGUCUCCACACCAUCCUUGACUCCCUGGCUCCACUAAAAACCACAUCUGUCUCCUUUUCUGUCUCUGCUCCCUGGUUUACACCUGAACUUUGGCACAUGAAAGCUGAAGCUCGACGACUCGAGCGGCUCUUCAGAAAAACUGGACUGGCUGUUCAUAAGGAAAUGUAUGCUAACCAUAUUAAGCAUUACAAGGACUGCAUUGCCAAAUCCAAAUCCAACUACUACACCAAUAUAAUCUGUUCAAAUGAAGUAUCAGAACUUAUCCGUAAGUCCAAGCCAUCCACCUGUCAGCUGGACCCCCUCCCCACAGUCCUGGUGAAAGCAUGCCUUCCUUCUCUGGCCCCCUCUAUCACUGCAAUCAUUCACUCUUCUCUCACCACUGGAACUGUUACUGCAUCCUUCAAACCCGCUGCAAUAACCCCAAUUCUGAAAAAACCUGGUGCAGAUCCAACCGACUUCAAUAACUUCCGCCCUAUUUCCAAUCUACCCUUCAUUUCCAAAAUUCUUGAGAAAACAGUGGCUAUUCAACUUCAUUUCCAUUUAUCUCACAAUAAUCUGUAUGAACAGUUCCAGUCUGGUUUCCACCCCCUUCACAGUACAGAAACAGCACUCAUAAAAAUCACCAACGACCUACUCAUGGCAGCAGAUUCUGGUUUACUUUCCAUCCUCAUCCUCCUUGACCUGAGCACAGCCUUUGACACCAUCUGUCACACCACCCUUCUCAAUAGACUAUCUGCCAUCGGCAUCACCCACACUCCAUUAGACUGGUUUAAAUCAUACCUCUCUGGCCGCACUUAGUUUAUCCAGAUCAAAUCCGUCACAUCCUCCCAUUUCCCCGUCACUUCAGGUGUGCCCCAGGGAUCUGUACUGGGGCCCCUCCUCUUUAUCAUUUACCUCCUUCCCCUUGGCAAUAUUUUCCGGAAAUACAAUAACAAUUUUCACUGUUACGCGGAUGACACCCAGCUCUACCUCACCUGCAAACCCACCUCCACCCUCCCACCCUCCUCCCUCACUGACUGCUUGGCAGACAUAAAAUCCUGGUUUGCUUCCAAUUUUCUCAAACUAAACAGUGACAAAACCGAGGUUCUCCUCGUUGGUUCAAAAUCCACUUUAUCCAAAACCAAUAGAUUUUCUCUCACCAUUGACAACUCCAUGGUCUCCCCUUCCCCACAGGUUAAGAGUCUGGGUGUCAUCCUCGACAACUCCCACAUCAGUAACAUCACUCGGUCUGCAUACUUCCACCUACGUAAUAUUAACCGCCUCCGCCCCACCCUCACCCCCCAUACCACUGCUAUCCUUGUUCACAGCCUUGUCACUUCUCGUCUGGAUUACUGCAACUCUCUCCUCCUUGGUCUCCCACACAAAUCCCUCCAUAAACUUCAUUUGGUUCAGGACUCUGCUGCUCGCAUCAUCACCAGGACCCCCUCCACUCACCACAUCACUCCUGUCCUCCAACAGCUUCACUGGCUCCCGGUUAAGUUCCGGAUUGAAUUUAAAAUCCUUCUAAUGACAUUCAAGGCCAUCCAUGACCUCGCCCCUCCAUAUCUGUCUGACCUACUUAAUGUUGCCACUCCCUCUCGUACCCUCAGAUCUUCC